AUGGUAAAAGAACUUGAGGCUUCAAAUAACGAAAAAUCGUUUAUAUUAGAAGCUCUUCGUGAAGGAAUUCGACUCGACUACCGAGAAAAACAUGAUUUUCGACCAUUGCGCUUCUUCUUUGGUCCCAAUUAUGGACACGUUGAAGUACAUUUGGGUGCUACAAAAAUUUUAGUAAAAGUCUCGUGUGAAGUCACACAUCCUUAUCCGGAUCGUGCGUCUGAAGGAAUAUUAAUAUUGAAUACAGAGAUUUCGCCAAUGGCUAUACCAAGUCUUGACAUUGGAAGACCUUCAGAAGAUGAAGUUCUCGUGAGCCGUAUUCUAGAAAGAGCUAUAAAAAGAAGUAGAGCUAUCGAUACGGAAGGACUAUGCAUAGUUGCGGGUGAAAAAGUGUGGACAAUACGCGUUGACAUACACUUUCUUGAGCAUGAUGGUAAUAUAAUAGAUGCUGCCUGUAUCGCCGCCCUAACUGCUCUUUCGCAUUUUCGAAGACCUGAAGUCACUCUUGUAGGAACUGACGUCACAAUUCAUCCAGUUGAACAACGUAAUCCAGUUCCUCUAAGUGUUCAUCACAUGCCAAUAUGUGUGACUUUUGCAUUCUUCGACAACGGUGAAAUUUUAGUCGUUGAUCCUAGUUUACAAGAAGAACAAAUUCGCGAAGGCGACAUGACAAUUACACUAAAUGAUCACCGCGAGAUAUGUGCAUUAUCGAAAGCAGGCGGCAUAGAGUUAAAUAUGGACAAAAUUGUGUUAUGCUCGAAAAUUGCAACUGCUCGGGUGACGGAAAUUCACGAUCAAAUCAAGAAAGCUUUGGAAAAAGAUUCGGAAAGCAGGUGA